AUGUUUUCAAUUUUAUUUAAAUUGUACACAAUAUUAAGUUUUGCUACUAGGGUAAUAGUUCUCUCUUCAAUCACUGCUUGGAAGAAGUACUUUUGCACACCAAAGGUGGUGAGCUCCAAACCUUUAACCGACGUUGCUUAUGCCAAGGAUAUCUCCGAUAUUGCCCAAAUCAGUGGGUAUAUUAUUAGAGAACACGUAGUUGCAACCAGUGAUGGAUAUUUACUUGUUAUCCACAAAUUAGAGAGCAAGAGCAGUAUCAGUUCGCGUAGACCGACAAUGGAUCAUGACAAGAUUGUGUACUUCCAUCAUGGACUUCUUACUAACUCUGAGUUAUUUCUUGUCGGAUCAUCCAAGAAAAAGAAUCUUCCAUACCUUUUAGUGGAUUUAGGAUAUGAAGUAUGGUUAGGAAAUAAUAGAGGUAACAAGUACUCUCGAAAGCAUUUGAAAAUGUCAGUAUCUGAUAAGAAAUAUUGGAAUUAUUCAUUGGAUGAAUUUGCUCUCUAUGAUAUUCCUGAUACUAUAACGUAUAUUUUAUCAUUUUAUCAACCGGACAGCAAACUAGUUUACGUUGGGUUUUCUCAAGGAUGCUCACAACUCUUUGCCAGUUUAAGUUUACGUCCAGAUCUCAAUGAACGUAUAAGGUUGUUUGUAGGUCUUUCACCAGCGAUAGUACCUCGUGAUUUGAGUCAUUCGUUGCUCAAGGUUAUUAUCAACCAAACUGCAAAUGAUAAUUCAUUUUUGUAUAGUCUCUUUGGCCAAAGAGCAAUUCUUCCUUCAGUUUCAUAUUGGUGUUACCUUAUGGGACCUGAUUUAUAUCAAAAAGUGGUGGAUGUUUCUCUUCAAUUUUUAUUUGGAUGGUCUGGGAAAAACAUCUCUACACAACAAAAACGUUUAGGUUAUCCUCAUAUGUUUUCAAAUUCUUCAGUGAAGUCUAUCAUACAUUGGUUUCAAAUUAUAUCUUCAAGAAGAUUUCAAAUGUUUGAUGAAACUUGUAAUAUUGGUCUUAGUGGACUUUCUACAUUAUCUCAUGACCUGAAACUAACCACGAGUAGGGUUGCACCAUUUCCUAUAUCACAUCAUUUAGACGUUCCCAUGGUGUUGGUUUACGGAGAUAGUGACAUUUUGGUGGAUAUUGAAAGUACAAAAGAAUUGAUUUUAUCACAAAAUGGGAGAAUGGCGACUAAAUUGAUCGAUACCAUAAGAUGUAAAGGAUAUGAGCACAUGGAUACCCUUUGGGGUGAUAAUGUAUAUGAAGAUGUCUUUGAAAAAGUGAUACAACUCAUUCAAAAUCUGCAAGAAAUAGAAGCAAAACUGAAUGGGAAUGGAAUAUAUUCGAAGAGAGAAUUAUACAAUAAUUUAUAA